AUGGCCUCCCUGCACACCUCGGCCAGCAGCUUCCCAGGAUGGCUUCUCUUCUGCUGCUGUUGCUGCCUCCCUCUUCUCACCAGCUCUCUGCCUCUGAAAGGAGCUCCCGGUGCCCAUCAUGCCUGCAGGCUCAGGAAGGUCCACUUCCAGCAGCCCUACAUCAGGAAUCGCACCUACACCUUGGCCAAAACGGCCAGCGCCUCAGACAAGGACACGGACAACAGAUUGAUUGGACAGCAGCUCUUUGCUAACAUCAGGGAAAACAACCGCUGCUACAUGAUGAAGAGCGUUGUGGAGCUCGUAGUAAAAGAUGUUCUCCUCACUGAAGUCAAGAGCCAGUACGCUAAUGUUGAGGAGGUGGCACAGUUCUUGGCAUCCCUGACCUCAGAGCUCAGCAGCUGUCAAUUCUCAGGAAAGGGGGACCACAUUGAAAAGAACCUGGAACAAAUGAAGAACAAAAUGGAACAGUUGGGAGAAAAUGGAAAGACUAAAGCCAUUGGAGAGCUGGAUUUACUGUUUGACUACAUGGAAAAUGCCUGUACUGAUGCCCCAAAGAAGGGAGGGAACAAGAAGAAAAAUUGA